UAAGUAGUUGGUACAAAUCUUUUCAUAAAAUCAAGUUGAUGUGAAAGAAAGGUCAGAAAGCCACAAACAACCCAAUGUUUGUGGGCGUGACUAAGUGGGCGUAACUUGACUUUACGCCGGAUGUUUUGAAGCUUGAUGGGUGCCAAGCAUUCUCGAGGGUUACAGAAAAUACUAGUCUAGUGGUCAUAAAGAAGUAUUAAUGGCUGCUAGCCUGAAUUAAGAAAUGAAGAAUUACAGAGAACGAUGGAGAGCAAAUUCUGCAUUUUGACCGACACAGAAGACCUUAGAACCUUGAUUUCAAGCACCGAAGACAGUCUGCAAAUUGAAAGGACCAAGACAUUGUUUGAGGAAAUCCGUGCAUCCAUCAACAACAAUGAUGAAGAGGACCGUUCUUUUUGGAGGCCUGUACUCCCAUGGGGCGGUGUGUACACCAUCAGGGCUGGAAGAAAAGCCAUUUCAUGCACCCCUCUUUAUGUCAAGAUAAACCUGAAGAACACCUGCACCAUUGACGGGUUCCUCAUGAUCCUCUAUGUCAUUCUGAGAGACAACCAGAGCUUUCCCCGGGAGGUGGGGGUCUUCCUGGGCAGGCAGUUUGUGGAGCAUUUUCUCUACCUGAUGGAUUCCUAUGACUACACCACCGUUAAGAUGCUGUGGAUCUGGGACAGGAUGUCCAAGAGGCAGUACCGCUCUGUGAUCCACCAUGCAGCAUUGGAGAUCGACCUGUUUGGUAAUGAACAUGAGAACUUCACCAAGAACUUGGAGACAAUGAUGUCAACCAUACAUGAGAGUCUGUGCACCAACUGGAGUUGUCCUGCUCGGUUCCAGGAGUUCAUACAGAAGACGAUCAACAUCAAACCCCCGCACGAGCUGCCUCAUAGAGAUCCCAUCCAGUCAGCGGUUGAUGAGUUCUUCUGUCCCAAGAUUAUUCUCUGCAAAGAACUUGGGUGUAAUGGGUUGAGGGAGUUCUCUCAAAGGGUCUUCUGCCAUGGCCCGCCUCCUUUUGUCAUUCUCAACAUGCAGAUGUGGAAGUCUGAGGAGUUGUCCUACGUCCCAUACCAUCUGGCCCUGUCCCAACACCGGUACUCACUGGAGGGCGCUACACUCUUCAACAAGGAGGAGCACCACUACUCUGCAGCUUUCCAGAUAGACGGAUACUGGAUGCACUAUGACGGGCUGAGGAGCGACAACCUGAUCCUCUUAAACAAGCCCCCAGAACUCCUGCUGCUUUCGUCCCUCGUCUACAUCCGUGCCUCGGACAAAUGAGGUGCACUAGUGUAACCAAAUAGGGAUAGGGUCUGUUCCAUUUUCCUGUCCAUCACUUCAGGACUUAAACAUACUCCUGAAUUGACUUGAAUGGAAAGGGAAUCGGCCCCAAAUCUGUCAGCAUUAUCCACAGGAGAAACCGGUAACAGCACUAAUGGAAAGGAAUUUUCAAAACCUGCACAUUCGUAUACCUUCCUGUCUUUUGUUUUGUUGACCUUUAACUCACAAGAAUGAUAAUCCUAUUGUCACCUUAGGUUUAGACUGUCUUCCAGUUCUCAGUGUGAUCACACCUGGCUUGAAGUCAAUUCCAUUUCAGUUCUCAGUGUGAUCACACCUGGCUUGAAGUCAAUUCCAUUUCAGUUCUCAGUGUGAUCACACCUGGCUUGAAGUCAAUUCCAUUUCAGUUUGAAGUUAACUGGUGGUCUCAAAUCUUUCCUAAUUGAAAAGCACUAAAGAUAAUUUGAAUUCUUGCCUAGCUAGUGAAUUGAAAUGGAUUUGACCAAAUAGCUUUUCGUAUAUAAUGAGCAUUUCCAAACUCUUUAAUAUUGAUCAUGUCAACUUCCUUUUUUUCUGUUUUUAUACCCUAAGAUAACUGCGUCUUCUCUGGGCUUGCUUCUUGGAAUCCAAGAAUAUAAUAAUGGACUAUAAUAGUUCUAGACAGAUUGGUGUAAAUGAUGCAUUAUUAAAGAAUCAACUCAGAACCUUAAAUAGCUUUAUUGUGGAAAAGUCUUUUGUGGAUUGUAUAGCUGCACUUUCAGAGAAGAAAAUUGAGCAAUUAAUUAGACUUUUAUAAAGAAUUGUGCACAGUUUAUAGGAUAGAGUGAAGCUACUGUGGCAUUCUGGAUAACUACAAAACAAUCUACUACAAUCUAUUUGUGCAUACCCGCCCUGACCUCAGGUCAAACUGGUGCUUUUUUUGUACUAUUUCCACUGUAGUUUAAAAACGAACAUUUGAAAAAAGUAUUGCUUUGCAUUUUGUGAGAAUGAAACCAUUACCACUUAUUUCUUUGCUUUUCUUCAUGUUAGGCUUUAACUUGGAAGUACUACAACCCUGUUUCCAAAGUUGGGACGCUGCGUAAAAUGUAAAUAAAACAGAAUGCAAUGAUGUGCAAAUAAUUUAUCCCUGUAUUUAACUGAAAAAAGUACAACACUGAGAAAUUGUAUUGUUUUGUGCAAGCCACCCAUGCCAUCACAAAUGCAGGCUUUUGCACUCUCCUCUUUAGCCCAGAAGACAACAGCAACUGUGUCUUUUCAAAUUUGGAUUAAUCAGACUACAGGACAGUUUUCCACUUCACCUCAGUCCAUCUAAAAUGAGCUCAUGGGGCCAGAGGUGCUGCCGUUUCUGGAUGUUGUUUAUGUAUGGUUUCUUCUUUCCAUAGAAGAGUUUCCGCUUGCACUUGUGGAUUCAGCAACAAACUGUGUUGACAGAAAAAAAUUCGGAAGUGUUCCGGAGCCCUUGCAGAGAUUUCAGGCCCUCCAAUAUUGGUUUUUGGCCUUGUCCCUUGCAUACAGAGAUUUCUCUAGAUUCUCUAAAUCUCAAUAUCAUGUGCCAUAGAUGAGAUCCCUAAACUCUUUGCAAUUUUACAUUGACAGAUGUUAUUCAAUUGUUGCACCAUUUGCCUGCGCAGUCUUUUUACAGUGGUGCUCUUGAUAUUUACUUCUGAAAGACUCCUCUCUAGGAUGCAAUUUUUAUACCCAAUCAUGUUACUAACUUGUUGCCAAUUAACCUAAUUAGUUGAUAUGUUCCACCAGGUAAUUUUUUUGUAUUACACAACAUUUUUGAAACAUGUUGCUGGCAUCCAAUUCAAAGUGGGCAGAUAUUUUUCAAGAAACAAUAUUUCUCAGUUUCAACAUUUGAUAUGUUUUUUUGCGCAGAAUUGCAUUCUGCCUUUCUUUACAUUUUACACAGCAUCCCAGCUUUUUUGGAAAUGGGAACAUAGAUAAAAUCAAUUCUGUCAAAUGUAAUUUACCUCACGGUAACUUUCUGUGCUUACAUGUUUGUCUUUCAUAUCAAAUAGAUAACAUGAUAUCCUGCUUUCAAUUGAUCCUGCAAAUUCAAUAACAAGGUACAUUAUGUCCUGAAGAUGACACACCUGUAAUAAACAAUAGUAUUAAAUGGAUUUUUGUGAUGCAUUUGUUAAUUUAGUUCAACAGUUUGUCUUUGCCAAUGUAGUGUAGAAUUAAUGAAACUGUCUAAGCAAAAAAAAUCAUUGUGUUCAUGUGUUGAAUGGUGUUUACUCCAUUCCAUGGAGGUCAUCUGUUUUUAGCAAUACAAAUAUUUUUAUAUUCUAGAGUUGCUAUGUUUUUUGUUGCACAUACACCAAAUAAGUAACUAGUGACAAAGCACAACAACAAAGCAUACCUUUUAAGGCAGGCAUUUAUUAAUUUUAACAGGGUACAACUGCACCACACAAAGUAACUGUCUAAAAGGUAUGUUCAAUCAAAGCAUGAUAAAAUAUGGAGGGGGGAAAAUACUGCUUCUACAUGAAGGUUCCAGUAGUAAUCCACAGGAUAUAAAAUUCAAGAUUAUCACCUUAAUUCAGACAGUUCAGACACUCAUGGAAAACGUAGUAGAAGCAGUGGUAAUUUGGCUAACAUUGACAUCAGUUUCAAAAGGAAUUUUCCCCCCAGACGAGACAAUAGUGACCUUGCAGUCUUUUCCCAACUUGAUAUUAGUAUUCCCUCUGCAUUCUUUAGUAAAACAAGCACUUUGGUGAGAGUGGUGGCAAAACAAGACAUGGUUAGGCCAUAAAAAUAAUGAACUUAAUUUACCGUCCCUUCAUUUUGCAGUUUCACGUUUUCAGAUUCCAUAUGGCCAAAAUUUCCCCUGCAAAAGAAUAAGUCAGUAUAAAUACAUCCUUUAAACUCAGGUCCAAUAUCCCCAAAAGGAUAACUUCUCUCUAUAUGCUGGUAACAUAAAGGACAAGGGAUGGCUGCUGCCGACAAUCACGGCCUGCGUGAUUCUGACUUUCAGGCUCAUCCUUCCUACUUUGUGGAUA